UCAAAUUUUCACAAAAUUAGGAUGCAGGCCUGGCCGGAUUCCGGUCGAAUUCUCUACUAAACUUUGUCAAUAGACAAACAGAUCCAUGUUCUUAAGUGAGUGAUGCUCACAUUUUCAGUAUAAUCAAGAGCAAAAAGGAUGGAGAAGGCCAAAAACAAACUGGAAUUUAGUAAGGAAGAAGCAGAAGUGAUAUCAAAGCUUGCUGUGAAUCCUCAUCGCCCUAAUCUUGAUAGGAGUUUCUAUGAAGAUUUUUCUUUACGAGGCAUCCGAGUUGACCGAGUUGAUACUGAAAUCCUCCUCUGCUCGUUCAAAGUUCCUCCUCGACUCACUGAUGGGGAAGGCAAUUUAGCUCCAGGAGCUAUUGCAAAUCUUGUUGAUGAGAUUGGUGGUUUGGUGAUUUACAGGGAUGGCCUUCCUAUGAAUGCAUCUAUUUCUAUGUCUAUCUCAUAUGUGUCAACUGCCAAGGUUGAUGAUGUGGUGGACAUAUUCGCAAGGCUUUUAGGACGCAAGGGAUCCCUUUUUGGAACUAUAGUGUUGCUGAAGAAUAAAGUUACCGGAGAGGUUAUUGCUGAAGGUCGGCACACACUGUUUAGCAAACAUGCUAGUAAAAUCUGAUCAGAUUGCACUUAUGUUGUUUUAGAACCCAUAUUUGGUAUGGCAGUGACCAUCAUGCAACAAUUCAAUAUUAUUUUGUGAAAGACAAUUACUCCUUCACUCUUGUUGUAUAUUAUUAUUUGUAUACAAAUUGUAUAGAAAGAAUUAUGAUGAAUCUAUGUAGAAGAAACAUUUUUAUA